AGUUAGAAAACACACACAGCGAGCUCAGGCGCACUGGCGUAGGUCAUGUAUGACUGCUGUCAUUGGGAAGACGUUUAAUAACAUACAACAAAUAAUAAACAGCUAUGAUCAGUCUGGGUGAUAUAACAAUAACCAAUGACAUCGUGAGCUGUAACGUUAACUGACAAGGCUGAGGAAAUCAUUGUCAUUCCCGUCAAGACUGCUGUGUUUUUGUGAUCCAGCUCAUUAUGGCGCGCCAUAGCAAGCUCCAGAAACAGGUCUUAUCCCUGUAUCGGCAGUUUCUGCGUGCAGCUCAGGACAAGCCGGGCUUCAUACCGAGAAUACGUGAUGAAUUCCGUGCCAGUGCUGCCAUCAAGAAGUCUGACGUCAUGCACAUAGAAUAUCUUUAUCGACGAGGCCAACGCCAACUUGAACUGCUUAAAGAUGUAAACACUAAACAACUUGGAUCAUUCAGCAAGUCUAGAGAAGACAGUACAUAGCAACCUAUAUAAUCAUAUACUGUAUUAAAAUAUUUUACAGAAUGUGACUUACAAAUACAUCUUGUUUUCUGGGAAACCACCUCCAUGACUUCAGUUAUUUAAAUGGAAAGACCAAUGAGACUUUAUCUCUUCUCAGGGAAACUUGAAAGUUAUUAAUGCACAUCAUUUUUUUUACUGCUAUUUGAGUAUUAUAAUUUGAAGUGUGUCCACUAGAUGUAUUAUGUACUGUCAGGGUGAAUGUAAUGAAGUGUUUUAAAGAAAAUAUCUGUAGGCACUAUUCUUCUGAAAUGAUUCAACACAUUUAUACUUAUUUCGUUUAUUUCUGCUAUAGUGUGCCUCUGUCCUGUUGAAAUAACAGAUGUAUUCUGUCUAUGGUUCACAUUGUGGUAAAACUUAGAAAAUAUUAAAUAGAAAUAGAAAAUAUUGUGAUGUCCAAAUAAUGUAAAGCUUGAGACGUGUCCUAUUGAUUAAAUGGUUGUACAAUCAAUCAUGUAUUGUAAAGAUAUUAUAUAUAAAAAGGUCAUAAUAAGACUUAA